AUGCGCGUAACAACCGCCGUGCUCUCCCUCGUGGCGGCGGCCUCCGGCUCCGCCCUGGCCUCGACAUCUGUCCCCGCCGUGCCCGUCACCACGUCCAGUGCGUCGGUGGGCUGCCAGGCUCUGAAAAAGUCCCUGGGCAACGCGCUGUUCUUCAAGAGCACCCCUGUGUAUAAUUAUGAGGCGGCGAACUUCUGGUCGAACACCGAGAUCAUGGCCCCUGGGUGUGUGUUCCGGCCGCAGAGUAGCCAGCAGCUUGCUGAAGGCAUCAAGGCGCUGUCGGGUGCUAAUGCUGAGUUUGCGGUUCGGGGUGGUGGACAUAUGGGUAUUCGGGGGUCGAACAACAUCAAUGAUGGUGUUUUGAUUGUCAUGUCUAACUUGACUACUUUGGCGUUGAAUGAGGAUCAGUCUCUUGUUUCUGUUGGUCCUUCGUACAGAUGGAAGGAUGUCUACAGCUACCUAGAGAACUACGACUUGGCUGCUGCUGGUGGUCGUCUCGGUCCUGUCGGUGUGCCUGGAUUGUUGCUUGCUGGUGGUGUCAACUUCUACGGCAACCAGGUUGGAUUUGGCUGUAACACCGUCGUCAACUAUGAGGUAGUUCUGGCCGAUGGAACCAUUGUCCAGGCCAACAAGACUAGCAACCAGGAUCUCUUCUGGGCUUUGAAGGGUGGAAGCAGCAACUUUGGUAUUGUCACUCGCUUUGACAUGGAGACUAUCAAGUCCACUAAGGUCUGGGCUGGUGCUUACACUGUUGAGGCCCAGUACAUUGACCAAUUCCUGGCUGCCGCGGCUACAUACGCCUCGAACAUCUACGACACCAAGACUCACAUUGUCCCGGCUCUCGUUCCCGGAGAGACUACUCUCGCCUCGGUGAUUCUGUUCUACGACAGCGACAACACCACCUACCCCGAAAUCUUUAAGCCUUUCACCGACAUCCCGGCUAUCAGCAACACUCUCGACUUCAAGACCGUGCACGAAUUCACCACCGAGCUCGGCGCCAUGGUCGUUGACGGCAUCAACGACGUCUUCGUUGCCGGUACCGUGAAGGGAACAACUUACGAUGAGCUCUUCACCGGAAUCCGCAUCAUCAACGAAACCUUCUUCGCCGAGCUCCCCAAGCUCUACGCUCAAAUCCCAACAGCCAACAUCUCCACCGUCCAACUCGACUGGCAACCCAUCGGCGCAAGCUGGAUGCAAGCCUCCGAGGCCGCCGGUGGAAACGCUUUUGGUCUUGAUUCAUCCAAGGUCUACCUCUGCUACGCCGAGGUUGUCGAGUGGAUUGGAUCUGCGUACGACGACAUCGUUGCCGAGUGGGUUGAGAACACAACCUACAAGAUCAACAACGCUACCCAAACCGCUGGUCUGUAUGAUGCUUUCAACUAUAUGGGUGAUGCGGCAGGAUUCCAGUCUAUUUUCCCGGGCUAUGGCGAGGAGAACCACGGAAAGCUGGUUGAUAUUGCGAUGAAGUAUGAUCCUCAUGCUGUUUUCCAGACUCUCAUGCCUGGUGGCUUCAAGGUCUAUUAG